UAUGCUCUUUGAGGCGCAUGGGUGCAUCUCAGCAGCCCCAGCCCCAGCCCAGCCAGCAUCUUCAAUCGAUCAGAUCGAAGCAAAGGUUUUGUUUACGUUAUAUUUGGCUUUAGUGGAUAACAGCAACAAACGCCAUUAUACGUCAAUAUAAUUUCGAUGUAAAUCAACACGAGGCUGGCAUAAUGGAGUCAACAAGCGAGGCUCCCGAGGUAAAAUUUAAACCGAUUAAGAAGCGAAACCUUCGACAGCGUAUUAAAGACGAAGAGUCCGACGAUGAAGAGCAGAUUUUGGCAAAGUUAGAAGAGGCGAAGGAGCUACAGAAGCUUCGAGAGCGUCCCAACGGGGUGAGCGUCAUAGCGCUUGCUACGGGUCAGAAAGUUACCAUAGAACAAGAAGUGACAUGCAAAGAUCCGUUUAAGGUGAAAGCGGGGGGCAUGGUGAAUAUGCAAGCGCUGAAAAGUGGAAAGGUUAAGCAGGUGGACGAUGCGUACGACACUGGAAUAGGGACGCAGUUUUCUGCCGAAACCAACAAACGAGAUGAAGAUGAGGAAAUGAUGAAAUAUAUAGACGAGCAGCUAGCAAAACGAAAAGAGGGACGCAACAAUGACAACAAAGAUUCAGAACACAAUGACUCACUCAAAUAUUUAUCACCAGAAGAAGCUGCUUUAUUAUCCCUGCCCGAGCACCUCCGUGUCUCCUCCACACACAGAUCUGAAGAAAUGCUCUCAAAUCAAAUGCUCAGCGGCAUCCCUGAGGUCGACUUGGGCAUUGAUGCAAAAAUUAAAAAUAUUGAGGCCACAGAAGAAGCUAAAAUGAAACUAUUAUGGGAAAGACGGAAUAAAAAAGAUGGCCCUUCACAAUUUGUCCCCACAAAUAUGGCUGUAAAUUUUGUACAGCACAAUAGGUUUAAUAUAGAUAGUGAUUCAAAGAAACGGAAAGUUGAGAAGCCAGAGGCUCCAAAGACUGCUACAAGUGCUAUAGAUGAAAGUGUAGAUAAAAUUGUUAAGAAAGCCAAAGGUGAAAGAGCGACUGAUGAUUACCAUUAUGAGAGAUUUAAGAAACAAUUUAGGCGGUACUAAAAGUGACUAUUAUUCCAGACCUAUUUUUUAAUCCUUUACACAAAUUAGCUUGAAUUCCAAAUAAUCAAGAUGAAAUGUCUGUAGAAAUCUAUGUCUAUAUCUUGUAUAUUAUGAUAUACAAAAAUACACACAUCCUUAAACUUGUGUGUAGCAGGGCCAUUUUUAGGUUGAACAAUUUACGUAUACAUAUGUUUUUGAAUGAUAAUCACAUAUAUUUCAUAUAUCUGCCGUUUUUCACAUCUGGUUGACUACGUCUUUUAAGUUUCAUCUUUAUAAUGUUUAUGGUUGUUUUUGGGUCAAAUUAUCUUUUUCUCCUUUUUUGUCUGUGGUAAAAUUAGCUUUUCGGGUUUUCUAUCACUACGGAGUCUUGUGAAAAUACAAAUUGAAAAUUCUUUUUUUUUGGUCAAUUAUUUCAGUUGAAAAUAUUUAAAAAAGUCUUGUGAAAAAGUCUAUCUAUAGUCAGAAACUUGCUUCAUAGCCUUAAUAAGGUGUUUGUUUCUUAUGUUUAUGGAAUCUUACUUCAGGGCUAUAACCGCGAAAAUGGAAGUUCGUCAAUUGCGGGCAUUUUUCUCUGUCACUCUAAUUACGUUUUAGAGAGAGUAAAAGAGAAAGAUCCCCGCAAUUUGCGAGUUUAGGUAGGCCCCCAGAGUUAGGGGUAGUUUGCGUUGAAAUCAUUGCAUCGAGUGAUUUAUUUCGUAGUUAUUUGUGAAAUAAAUAAAUUGAGUUGAUUGACGGCCAGGUGAGGAGAUAAGUACCUCUCUGCAUACUAAUUUGUAUGCAAAAAUGGUCCCUCUUUUCUCUGUAGCUGAUUGUACCUAAUAAUAUUCUCUUUUGUUAAGAAAGAUCAUGUGAAAACGGUGUUGUAAAGCACAUUUCUCUGAAUAAGUGUAUGAUUUUCUCUUGUUAUUGUUUAAAUUGGUUGUCGUUCGUCCAAUGAUGUAAAUAAUCAAAUUACAUAUUCAGUCAAUCUUGGCGUUUCUGUCAAAAUAAAUUAAAUCAUGUUAAUAUUUUUUUACUAAAAUUGUCGUUUAAUGUCACUAGCAAUAUUAUGUCAUGGUAGUUAAAAAAGGGUAAUUUUUCGUUC